GCUCGUCUCCCAACUUCCGUGGUUGUGCUGCUGAAUCAGCCCCAAAGGGAACCGCCUCCAAACUCCUUGCCCACGGCCCGCCGGCUGGCACUGACCUCCCCCGCCGCCCGCGACUGGAGCGCUGCGGGCAUCCGGUCCGUCGAUGGCGUGCUGCUGCUUCCGCGCCGCCGCGGUGCCGCGCCUCCUCUUCCGCGCCGCCGCGCGGCCCCUCCAGUUGCCGCUCGCCGUCUCCCGUAAGGGUUUCUCGGGGCAGUCAGUCUUGCCAGUCACUGAUUCAGUCGAGAGUUUUCAAGGACCGUCAGUGGAUCAUGCCCCACGGAUUCCGUUGUAUGACGACAGCUUGCCCUCAGGCGUGUCGACCAUAUUAACGAAUCCUGGCGAGAAUGUUGCUCCCGCUGAUCCUUCAAAGAGUAGAAUCAUGCUUGUUGAUGGAACCUCAGUGAUGUACAGAUCCUACUACAAGAUAUUAGCACAGCUGCAACAUGGUCAGUUGGAACAUGCUGAUGGCAAUGGGGAUUGGGUUUUAACUAUAUUCAAAGCUCUGUCACUGCUUCUUGACAUGUUGGAGUUCCUUCCGUCUCAUGUUGCGAUGGUGUUUGACCAUGACGGAAUGACUUUUCGACAUAUGUUAUAUCCUGCUUAUAAGAGCAAUCGCACCUCAACACCAGACACCAUUGUUCAGGGCAUGCAAUACUUGAAGGCAUCUAUCAAAGCAAUGUCAAUUAAAGUAAUCGAGGUUCCAGGUGUCGAAGCUGAUGAUGCUAUUGGUACACUAGCUGUCAACAGUGUGUCUGCAGGCUACAAGGUCCGUGUUGUCUCCCCUGAUAAAGAUUUCUUCCAAAUUUUAUCACCUUCUCUACGUUUGCUGAGGAUUUCUCCACGUGGUUCUGGGAUGGUUUCAUUUGGAGUCGAAGAUUUCGUGAAGAGAUAUGGAGCAUUAAAGCCAUCACAGUUUGUUGAUGUUGUUGCACUUUCAGGCGACAAAGCUGAUAAUAUACCAGGAGUUGAAGGAAUUGGAGAUGUUAAUGCAGUAAAACUAAUAACUAAGUUUGGUUCGUUGGAGAACUUAUUGAGAUCAGUGGAUGAAGUCGAGGACCAGCGAAUCAAACAGGCUUUGAUCUCUCAAUCAGAACAGGCAUUACUCUGCAAAAGCCUGGCCAUAUUACGUUGUGACCUUCCAUCGUACAUGGUUCCUUUUAAGACCCCUGACCUCGUAUUCCAGAAGCCAAAGGAUGAUGGAGCCAAAUUCAUAAAUCUGUUGCGAGCUUUGGAAGCGUAUGCAGAAGGAUCGUCGGCAGACCAAAUCAUCAGAAGAGCUUUGCAUCUCUGGAACAAACUUGAAUCAUGAUGAUGCCAGAAUUUUUCAGUAGUGACCCAGAAGAAUGUCCGCAUAAUUGCGCGAUAAGAUAGGUUACCAAAACAGCACGAUCGUCUAGCUCCUGCAUAGGGAGCACUCAGCCAUACCCAAGAAGAGAAAACGUCUUGCUGCUGGCUGCCACAUUUUGCGUUUUGCUGAAGCGCGCAAGGAAAAUUGGACGGUGGUUGCUUAGACAAAUUGUUCAUACACUAAUCAUAGGUAGUAGCUUGAGCUUUGUAGAUAAAGCACAGCAUGGGUAUUUUUUGUACUUCUAACUAAGGUAGAGAGAUGCAAGGUGGCUGAUUAGUUCGUCGAUCGAUCAAGUGCAAGUUUGGCCA